ACGAACCGCUCGACAAGUCUAAUAUCAAGCAUGGUGGCCGCUCCCAACUGGCUCAAUGCCCUGAGCCUUGCGCUGGCCCUGCCCGAGAACAAGAGUCAACGACUCUAUCAACUCGCGACAGUGGACAGCAAAGGCUUACCUCACGCGCGCACAGUCGGCUACGUCGACUUCCUCGAACCCGAGGACAGCCCCAACUUGCCGAUCCUGCUGGGCAUGACCGAUAUCCGCACGCCCAAGGUUGGACAGAUGCGCUCGCAGCCGUAUGUGGAAAUCUGCUGGUGGUUGUCUGGCUCGAGGGAGCAGUUCCGCAUCGCAGGCCCACUGCAGGUUGUCGCCUCGCCAAACGUGGACGUAGACGUGGUGCCGAAGGGGGAGGGCACGCUCGCAAUCGACAAGUUGACCAGACAGGGAUUCGAUUGGGAGACGAAACGGCAGGAGACCUUCGAGCGGAUACCUGGACCUAUGAAGGCGACGUGGUGCAAGCCACAGCCUGCGAGCGUGAUAGGCUCAUAUGACGAGGGCAAGACGUGGCCUCAGACAUUAGCGCCAGCGGGGGAGGAGCAGAGUGAAGAAGAGAAGCAGAACAGAGAGACGGCCUUGAAGAACUUUGCCCUGACACUCAUUGAGCCCGUUGAGGUGGAUUGGGUGCAAGUCGGCACCAAUCCUCAUCGCCGAACGAAAUUCACGAGGAACGGGGAAGAGUGGUCGGAAGAGAUUUUGGUUCCGUAAGCCUUCGUCAGCCCGGUAGUAAUAUUGACGUGUAAAAUUUGUACGUUUAGUUGUAGUUUGCGUCAGUCGAAAACAUUGCAAGUUGAGUCGCC